AUGGCGAUCCUCGGCGAGCGCAACGGCAGGAUGCACUCGCCGGAGAGCGUCGCCGCGGGCAGGUCCUUCGCGACGCGGCCGAGCGACGUCUUCAUCGUCACCUACCCCAAGUGCGGCACGACCUGGGUGAGCGCCAUCUGCCACUUCCUGCGCGUCGCCGGGGACCGGGAGACGCUGGCCGCGGACUUCGGCGAGAUCACCGAGGUCGUGCCGUGGGAUAUAGUAGCCCGCGACUGCGGCCAGGACCUCGACGCCGACCAGGUCGCGUCGCCGCGCCUCUUCAAGAGCCACGAGUCCUACGAGACCGUGGCCAAGGGCGGCCGGUACAUCUACGUCGCGCGAGAUCCGAAGGACGCGUUCUGGUCCUUUUACAAGUUCCUGCCGGCGUACAUGCAGUGCGGCCCGCUGAGCGUCGAGUGCUUCGCCCGGGGCAUCUUCGGCGGGCUGAGCCACAGCGGCGGCAUCUGGACCCACUUCGCGGGCUGGUGGCCCCGGCGGCGCGACGGUGACGUGCUCUGGGUCUGCUACGAGGACGUCAAGCGCGACCCGGCGCGCGAGAUCCGGCGCGUCGCGGCCUUCAUGGGCGUCGACGCCGACGACGCGACGGUCGAGCGCGUCCGCGCGGCGACGACGCUCGCGGCCAUGAGCGCCGACGGGUCCAAGUACGACGACCACUUCGUCUUCGGCAAGCUCCGCGCGCAGAUGGGCUUCCCGGACGACGCGGUCCACAUGGCGACGAAGGUGCGCUCGGGCCAGGUCGGCGGCUCCAAGGCCCUGCCGCCCAAGGUCGCGCGCAUGCUCGAGGACCGCUGGCGCGGCACGAUGCAGCGACGGACGGGGCUCGGGACCUACGCGGAGCUGCGGGCGAGCGUCGCUCAUUAA